GUUUAGGGUCGAAAGGGAGGGGGGGGGGCUGACAUGAUUCGUAGGAGAGCCUUAGCCCAUAAACAUGGCGAACCCCGUUUAUUGAAGAGAUGCAAGAACAAUGCCCCAAUUUAACCUAAAAUUUGAAUUUAUUUGGUUUUGUGUUCCAUCUCAACAUGGAUAGCAAUUUAUAAUUUUAGGAUUCGGCCAUGUAAACCUAUAAACUGAAAAUGUUGAAGCUAUUCCCGCGUAAACAAACGCCAUUUCGUUGCACCAAAUACCCUUCAAACCUUUGUAAAAUGGCAUCUUCCUCGUCGUCAUCGUCAUCCCAUCAUCUGACAAAGGAUAUCCUCAACACCCAAAACCCUCACCAAGCUCUCAAGCUUUUCAAUUCCAAUGCCAAUCUCUUAAACCCCUUGAAGAAUCUCGAGCCUUAUUCAGCCAUCAUUCACGUCAUGGCCCGUGCUAAACUCUACGAGGACGCCAGGUGUUUGAUAAAAUACCUCAUCAAAGCCCUCCAUAGCUCUUUGGAACCCCACCGUGCUUGCCACUUAAUUUUCAAUGCCCUUAACAGAUUGCAAACCUCAAAAUUCACUCCCAAUGUGUUUGGGUCAUUAAUCAUUGCAUUUUCCCAGAUGGGUUUAAUCGAAGAUGCCUUGUGGGUUUAUAGAAAUAUCAAAACUUUCCCUCAAAUGCAGGCUUGUAAUGCACUUUUAGAUGGGUUAAUUAAGUUGGGCAGGUUUGACUCCAUGUGGAAUCUUUACAAGGAAUUGCUUUCACAGGGGUUUUUGCCUAAUGUUGUUACUUAUGGGGUGUUGAUAAAUUGUUGUUGUUGUCAAGGUGAUGUUUUAAAGGCACACAACUUGUUUUAUGAACUGUUGAUGAAAGGAAUUCCACCCAAUGUUGUCGUCUACACUACUGUCAUAAAGUUACUUUGUAAUGAAGGUAAGAUGCUGGAGGCAGAACGUAUGUUUAGAUUGAUUAAAGAGGGUUAUUUCCUUCCAAAUUUGUACACUUAUAAUGUUUUGAUGAAUGGAUAUUUCAAGAUGGAUAGAGUCGAACGAGCCUUCGAAAUAUACAGGAUGAUGAUCAGUGAUAGGUUGGGACCAAAUAUUGUUACUUUUGGUAUCUUGAUUGAUGGACUUUGUAAGGUGGGUGAACUGACGGUAGCUAGGAGCUACUUUGUUUGUAUGGUUAAGUAUGGUGUUUUCCCCAAUAUUUUUGUCUACAAUUGUUUGAUUGAUGGCUACUGUAGGGCAGGCAAUGUUUCUGAAGCAGUGGAGUUGAGCUCAGAAAUGGAGAAGUUGGAAAUUUUGCCUGAUGUUAUCACAUAUAGCAUACUGAUUAAGGGUCUUUGUACUGUUGGUAAAGUGGAGGAAGGGAGCUUUUUAUUGCAGAAAAUGAACAAAGAUGGAGUUUUGGCUAAUUCUGUGACUUACAAUUCCCUCAUUGAUGGGUACUGUAAAGUGGGGAACAUGGAGAAGGCUUUGGAGAUAUGCUCUCAAAUGAACGAAAAUGGUGUAGAACCAAAUGUUAUCACUUUCUCUACAUUGAUUGAUGGUUAUUGCAAGACUGGAAACAUGGAAGCUGCCGUGGGAUUUUACUCCGAAAUGGUUAUCAAAGGUCUUGUUCCGGAUGUGGUGGCUUACACUGCUUUGAUUAAUGGGUAUUGUAAAAAUGGUAAUAUCAAGGAGGCAUUCCGGCUGCAUAAGGAGAUGCUGGAAUCAGGAUUAAUGCCCAAUGUUUUCACGUUAAGUAGUUUAAUCGAUGGCCUUUGCAAGGAUGGAAGAGUUUCGGAGGCUUUCAGCUUUUUCUUGGAGAAGAGUAAAGCUGGUAUUGGUGGAACAGUAACUAAUGAGUUUGAUGGUCUAUUUUGCUCCCCAAAUCAUGUGAUGUAUACAAGCUUGAUUCAGGCCAUGUGCAAGGAAGGCCAGGUGUUUGAAGCAAGUAAAAUUUUCUCGGAUUUGAGAUGCAGCGGUUUGAUGGUAGAUGCGCCCUUGUACAUUGUCAUGUUAAAGGGUCAUUUUCAAGCCAAGCAUAUGAUUGAUGUGAUGAUGUUGCUCGCGGAUAUGAUAAAGAUGGGCAUCAUGCCAAGCAUUGCCAUCGAUGCGGUUAUAGCCAGGGGUUAUCAAGAGAUUGGAGACCUUAGGUCUGCUCUAAGGUGCUCUGAGGAUUUAGCUGUUCAGGGCUCGGGCAUUUUGAAUCAAGGGGACGAAAAUGAACCUAACUAUACAGUAAAAGAGGACAGUAAGAUCUGUUUGUGAUUAGCAAUCAGUCUGGUGGGUGAAUUUCUCCCUGCAGUGAUGGCUCGUUCGCUCUCUGACCUUGAAGCUUGAGGUAGUGCAAUAUUUUUUGGCACUGCAUCGGCUUGUUUGCAGCUCAGAGGAGUAGUUCUGCAAUUACUUUAUGGUUGCUGCCAGUGAUCACUGAUCAUACUAGUUGAAAUGUUUGGAACUGGAGAGAUGCCGGACUUUUGUUGGAUACUUGAUGAACUGGAAUCUAGGCAUUACAUGUAUUGUUCAUAUCUGAAGUCCUGGAUGCUGAAAGCAAGCCAGCUAAGUUGAGUUCCUUGGCUGAAGAAACAUGAAGUUGUCAAUGACCAAAUAACUCAAAUUCUUUGGUGCUACCAAUGAAAAUUUUGGUAAGUUUUUAGCUUUAUUUAGGAGCCAAAGUGAAACAAUUAAAUUAUUUAAUGAAGAGUUGUGUUGUUUGCGCCCACAGAAACAGAAAUUGCAUGUGGGUAGUA